AUGACGAUGGAUGCUAUGUUUGCAACACUAAUGAUGUUCCUCUUGUGUUACCCAUCAGUGGCUAUACUAACGGACAGGAUUAAACUACCGUCACCACUGACAGGCCCUGAGUCAAUCGCGUUUGACAGAAACGGUGGAGGGCCUUAUGUUGGUGUUUCUGAUGGGAGAGUUCUCAAAUAUGUAGGUCCAAACCAAGGCUUCCAGGAAUACGGUUACACUUCGCCAAACAGAAACAAGACAAUUUGUGAUGGGCUUGCUGACUUCUCAACACUCCAAGCAUCAUGUGGGAGGCCUUUAGGAUUGCGUUUCAAUCACCAGACGGGCGAGUUGUAUGCAGCCGAUGCUUAUUUUGGGCUCAUCAAGAUUGGGCCUAAUGGAGGGCCCCCAACCCAAUGCAUUAGAGCUCCAACGCCGCCGCCGCCGCCGCCACCUCCGCCUGCAUCCCCGCAGCCAUCACCGCCGCCGCAAGAAAGUGCUACUUUUAACUUUCUUGAUGGCUUGGAUGUAGACGUCAACACCGGAGUCAUUUAUUUUACGGAAGCUAGUGCUAAUUACAAGUUCAAAGAUUUCCUAGAAUUGAUAGGCAGCAGGGAUAGUUCUGGAAGCCUAUAUUCAUUUGAUCCAAGCACCAACCAAACGAGAUCAUUGAUCGAGGGUCUUGCUUUUCCAGGUGGGGUAGCAGUUAGUGCAGAUGGGUCGUUUGUCCUAGUUAGUGAAUUCUUGGCAAAUAGAAUUCAGAGAUUCUGGCUGAAAGGGCCAAGAGCAAAUUCAUCUGAAAUAUUCUUGCAACUUAGGGGUAGCCCAGAUAACAUUUGGAGGAAUCGCAAUGGCCAAUUUUGGGUGUCAAUGAACACGAUAAUAGGACCACUUCCUCCUCCAAGGCCUACCAUUGUGCCUUCGGGGCUCAGAAUCAAUGAGAAUGGUAUAAUUUUACAGAUUGUAUCUCUCUCUCAGGAGUUGGGUAGUGAGGAGGUUAGUGAGGUUCAUGAGUUUAACGGAACACUAUUUUGUGGCUCCUUGCGUGCUCCCUAUGUUACCGUUUCAACUAUAUUAUAG